UCAAGACGGCUGACCGGUUUGUCUCACUAAGUCAUCUGCACAGGGCAUUUUGUAGAGGGCGCAGCUUCUCCAGAAACAACAAAGGUAAUCUGCACAGUUUCACCUUUUCCUCAGAAAUCUUGAAAAUUCGACUUUAUAAUCAAAAUGAUGAACAGAAGUUGUUUUUUAAUGUGUCUUUAAGUGAGGUAAUUCUGUAUAAAGUCUAAGUUAUAUCUGACUUUAGACGCGUUUGAUCUCAGCGGCACGUGAAGGCAGUGCAGCGUGCUUACGUCAUAGCCUGGUGUUGUUCUGCCACAGCUGAGCCACAGCGGCAGCAGGGACUGCUGUCCGGUAGAUGGUAGGAGCAGGGCCGGAGGAAAAAUGCAGACAUCCUGCGGAAAACACACAGAGCAGCGUCCCGACGACACUCGCUGAUCCUCGUGUCUUCGCCGUUUUUCGUUAUUCCUUUGUCUUCUUGCGUCCCUCUCCUCUCUAAACACCGGAGGAUGGGGGAAUGAUCAGCGCCGCCACCAUCUCCCCGUCCUCCGCCUUCGUCUGGUGUCUGUGCCCAGGAUGAGGGCUCGGCUGCUCGGACACACGGUGGUGUUCGUUGCCCUUUUGGCGCUGAGAAGCUGCCUGGCAGGUUCUCCUCUGUGCCCUCGGAGUUUAGAAUGUGCCCUGGCAGGAAGACACUUCUGCCGACCUGGCAGCUCACACUGUGGGCCUUGUCUGCGCCCCCUGGUGGAAAACUCCCGUGGACGCUGCGUGGUCAAAAGGAGACAUGCUCCUCACACUCAUUCUGUUAAAGAUAAAGUGAGCCCACACCCUGAACUCGAUGAGGAGAUUGACUUUCUCUCUGCAAUCAUCAGGGAACAGAGACCUGAGUCCUACAGCUCAGCCCCAUCCUCCCAGGAGAUCACAUUCAAGCAGUUUGAAGAGCAUGGCUACACUCACAGAGCAUCUUCUGUGGAACAGCCUCCUACUCAGAGUGUCCUGUUAACUAGCAUCGCUUCACCCAUCACUGCGAACCACACUGCAGCUCUGAGCAAUCCCAUCAUCCUCCACUACCCAUCUAAUGACCAUGUCUUCAUCAUCAUGAGCAGCGUCGUCAUUGUGGCAGGUUCCCUGGCACUGGUGGUAGCAUUGGCUUGUUGGGUCAGGUUUCAGAAAUGUGUUCAUAUAAGUCAGAAAGUGGACUACCCUUCAUCUGGACUGAUGAGUGCCCAGGCAUUUGAGAAUUUGCUUGGGGACAAGAAGCUGGCCCACAGUGCCCAAAUGUACCACUACCAGCACCAGAAGCAACAGAUGCUCUCCCUGAAAAAACACCGGGUUGAGCCAAACGUUCCUGACUCCGCAGCCUCAACAGAUGAGGAGAAUGAAGAUGGAGAUUUCACAGUGUAUGAGUGUCCUGGACUUGCACCAACGGGGGAAAUGGAGGUGAAGAACCCAUUGUUUGAUGACUCCACCCUCUACCUGCAGAGAUUCCACAAAUGAACCUGGACACAGAGACAUUUCAUACGCUAAAUGCAGCACCUGUACGUACAAAUAGCUCAAUUUACACACAUCCACAAAUCACACACAUCAGUUUAAUUAUUUCAGUGGACAGAUCUGACACAUACCCUAAAUAGCCAUACUACAUUUGGUUUUUCCCAUUUUGUUUACAUAUUUAUUUACUGUUUAUUACACACAUAUUCAAUCAUACAUGCUGUGCUUACACACAGUAUUUAUGAGCUCACUGAGCUUUGCUUUUAUUUCAGCAUUUUAAAAAGAUGUAAUGUUGGUGUUUCCUGAACACACCUCCAUGCAGCUGAGCGACUUGUCUCAUGUGUUACGUAAACAUUGUUUUUCAGGUGAUUUCCAUCUUGCUGACACCAUGUCUACAUGCAUCUGCACUUCUUCAUUCUUAUGAACACACACACACACACUUCAUUCAACAAAUUUAAAUUUUAGACAAAGAUAACACAAGUAAAUUAAAUUUUAAACUGAAGGUGUUUAUUAUUAAGAGGGGAAAAAUCCAUACCUGCAUAGCCCUGUGUGAUAAAGUGAGUGGGAAUGUGGACUAACGAGACAAAGGUUGAACUUUCAGGAAGAUGUGUGUCUCAUUGCAUCUGAUGUAAAAGUAACACAGCAUUUCAGAAAUGGGACAUCAUACCAACAGUCAUAUAUGGUGGUGGUGGUGUGACGGUCUGGGGCUGUUUUGCUGUCCCAGGACCUGAAGACUUGCUGUGGUAAAUGCAAACAUGAAUUCUGCCGACUACCAAAACAUCCUGAAGGAGAAUGUCUGACUAUCUGUUCGUGACCUCGAGCUGAAGCACAUUUGGGUUCUGCAGCGGGACAAUGAUCCAAAACACACCAGCAGGUCCACCUCGGAAUGGGUUAAGAAACACAAAAUGAAGACUUUGGAGUGGCCGAGUCCUGACCUGAAUCUGAUUGAGAUACUGUGGCAUGACCUAAAAAAGGUGGUUCAUUCUCGAAAACUGUUCUGUGUGUGACUGAAUUAAAAGAAUUGUGCAAAGAGGAGUGAGCCAAAGAUCCCCGAGAGAACUGCAAACAACUGCCAGUUAUCACAAACGUUGGCUGCUAAGGGUGGCUUAACCAGUUGUACACACACACACACACACACACACACACACACACACACACACACACACACACACACACACAGUAUAAUUUGGAAAUUCUGUAUGAACUCAGAUGGUCUUGUAUAUUUGGUCUACAGCUGACAUUGUGUUUUCAUGGUUUUGUGAGCUGUAAAUAGUGGCUGAUAUGUACAGGAGAUAUCUUACCUCUCAGUCAGUCAGUGUGGUGUACAGAAGAUCCUGAGUACUGUGUCAAAUACACAUCUGUUAUUCGAUUUCUUAAUGUGAAUUUGUAUUUGUUGGGAAUAGACAAUGUCAUGUAUAACACGUUAAACUUGAUGCAUUCGACUGUUGUACCCAUUAUGACGAAAGCAGCGAGGAGCCACACGUUCAUGUUCAACAUACCCGCCCAGUUUUACUUUGAAGAGGUCUCAAUCUGCUGAGACAUCAACAAAAAUAUGAAAAAAAGGAAAAUUCCAUGUAGCUGUGGACACAUCAACAUAAAAGAAACUUAAAAUAAAAGAAUCCGAACAAAACAAGCAACUGAGAAUAUUUUAAAAACGGCGCCGACCACAGUCCCCAGAAAUAUAAAACUUUAAGCGUCGCAGAAACAGAGUUUCCUUUAUGCAUGAACAGUUGCAGUGUGGGAUUGCAGCCUUUUCCAAUAUUCAACUGAUCCAAAGCUUUUACAUUUACUCCCCAAGAGAUGGGAACAUUUUUAUUUCAGCGUCCUAAAAAUGUAUUCUAGAUGCAGAGAAACCAGAACAUGUGUUGGCACACGUUGGAUCAGGUUUUCUUUCCUUUGUCAAAUCUAUGUUUGUGCAUUUUACUUUGUCCUGCAUAAUAAUCAGUCAAAUAACAUGAAGUUUGAUUUAUGAUUUUAUUUAAAUAUUAUGGAUUGAAUAUUACACUCACUGUUCCAACAUUUCCAUCGAUGCAUUCAUCUAAAACAACGAAUGCAAACUUGCAACAAAUCCUCCCUUUAUGAUCGUUCAAACUGUUUACCUGCACUGUACAGAGUGUUCCUGUCAUUCAUCAUCAUGUAAAAAGGCCAUCCAUAUAAUUCAGCUGCCUUUGUUCCAGGGCUUUUAUAUUAGAAUGCAUUAGUUUUAUCCAAUAAGCUGCCUACUGAAGGCACAGUAUGUAGUCCAUGUGCUCUGUGGGCUCUGCCUAAUAAACUGCACCGUUAUAAUAAAUGAAAAAAUCUCCUUUUCUUUGCAGACGGUCUCUGUCACUAACAGUAGAAACACUGGAUUGUGUUUCUACUGAUUGGGCGUUCUCUGCUUUUCCUUUACUAAAGCUGUUCUUCUGACCUGACCUGGUUAGAAAUUAAUAUGCACAACUGCCUUUCCUUAUAUCCUCAUAUAGCUCUACUCCAUAGCUCAUAGAUUUUCUUCAUACAUGUAGAAUGAGUGUCCAGUGAAAGCUGCAAACAGUGAAACAGUCCAGGAAACCUGGAUGUAACCGCGUCUCUCAGGAAAGUCGCUGUCUGCGGCUCCUUUCUUCAUCCUGCUGCCGUUCUCCUCAGCCUGUCAGCACUUCCAUACUGGAGGAACACAUUAAACUUCACUGGAGCUGCUCAUGUGCUGUACAAGUGUCCACAUCCAAACUCAUAUAUCUACCAGGGAAUAUUAACACGGAAGCCCUUUACUAUGUUAUACAGACUGUUGAAUCCAAACCUCUUAAGCUUGUGCAGCAAAGUGAGUGUUGUUCUCUGAGUGUUGUAAAGAAACUGUAGAACAAGUCAUUCUCUACAUGAGCUACAUGUGAUAGAGACUGUUUGAAGGCUAAGUGUUAUGAUUCUGUACAUUUAGGAGAACUUCAUUACCAUCAUGUUUAGCAUGCUUGUGGAUAUACCAGAGCUGAAAGAAAUAAAUAUUUAUAUAAUCACUA